AUGGGCAUAAUUAUUAGUAGAUUAUGUGUGAAAAGAGGCGGCAUUGAAAUUCCACUUGUCAUCUACAUUGCUUUGGCAAUCAUUUUUAAUGUUCUUUUUAUUAUUGGAGGAACAAUUCAAACAAUAAGUUUAGCUAGAUCAAUACCAAAUCCCAUAACAAAACUUCAGCUCUUGAAAAAACAUUUUAAAAAAAAGAAAAAAACUUCUUCUUCUUCAGUUGAUAAGGUUAAGAAUGUUACACCCAAAAAAAGAAAUCGUAAGAAAAUUUUCUAA